CCUAUACGUGAUCAUGAUAAAAAUUACAAAAAUCGAUUUGUCUACGUAUCACCUGUAGAGUCUCCAAAUGUCAACAAAAAGAGAGAGGGUAAAUGUCAUUGGCGCAGGCGUUGUUGGGUUAACAACGGGCCUGGUCCUUCAAAGAAAUGGAUAUCAAGUAAAAAUAAUCGCUGAACAUUGGCCUGGUGAUUUUAAUAUUUAUUAUACAAGUCCAUGGGCCGGCGCUAUCAUUAGGCCAGAACCCAAGCUUGACGAAAGAGGGAAAAAAUUCGAAGAGGUUUCAUAUAAAACGUUAUGGUCGCUCUCUUACAUGAAUGACACCGGUGUAAUACGUAUUCCAAACGUUGACAUGUACACAUACGAUCUUCAAAUUAAUGGUGAACCAUGGCUCAAGGGUAUAUACCAUAAGUUCCAGGUUAUACCCAAGGAUAAACUUCCAAAAGAUGUAGAAUAUGGCAUUUCUUAUGUAACUGUUUCAAUGGACGUUCCGAAAUAUUUAAGAUGGCUUUUGAAUCAAUUCACAAAUGCUGGUGGAAAAACCGAAAAAGUUCACCUUAAUCACCUCAACGACGCGUUUGAACCUGGUGUAGAUAUCAUUGUAAAUUGUACAGGCAUCAAUGCACGAACUUUUGGUGGUGUGGAUGAUGAUAAGGUAUUCCCUAUCAGAGGACAGCUCGUAGCCGUUUGGGCUCCACAUGUAAAAAUCGCAAAGACACUUAGUCACGAGGAUAACACGUGCACUUAUAUAAUCCCUCGAGAAGAUGGUGAAGUCAUUCUAGGAGGAACUUUGGACGUUAAUGAAAUUGAUGGAACACCAGAUCCAAAAACAGCAGAAUCAAUUCUUAAUCGUUGCGCCAAACUUUGUCCAGAAUUACAUCAGGGAAAAGGAUUAUCCAGCCUGCAAAUAAUAAGGCAUACUGUUGGAUUACGUCCAGCAAGAAAAGAUGGAAUUCGACUUGAAGCGGAAAUAAGUCGAAAUUCAGCUGGUAAUAAUGUAAUAGUUUGUCAUAAUUAUGGACACGGUUCCAGUGGUUAUUCAAAAAGUUGGGGCUCAGCAAUAGAAGUAUUAGAACUUAUUAAAUCUGCUAGUCAAGCUGAAAUAUCUAAGUUAUAAAUUAUGUUUAUUUUUUUUUAUUUUAUUUUUUCUUUUUUAACUGUGCAUUUUAUUACUAUG